AUGGCUACCGCACAAGCGCAGAUUUACACUCCGACCAAGGUCGUGAGGAGUGAUUACCCGCUCAUCGAUAACGACCCCCACUUCAAAAGAGUUGUCGGCUAUGCCAGACCUUCGGAUUAUCUCCACGGUGCUGUUGCUGCCGCCUUCGGCCCCGGCGCUCUCCUCAUCCUGGAGAAGUUUGCUCCUUCCCACGUCGGCAAGGGAGGCAUGGCUCAGGCUUUACGCUUGGCUGGAGCCAUUGGUGUCGCUGGCGGCUUUCUAUACUUUUACCAGCGCUCUAGCUUGCGGUUUUACGGAGCCACCGAGAACGCUCGCGAAGUUGAGCUAGACAUGAAGGAAAUGGUAUCCAAGGUCAAGGCUGGCGAGCCGCUUUACGGAGAGAGCAGAUUGACCCCUCAUAUGCAAGGCGUCGCUGCGCGACAGUCUAGGUAUUCGGCCUUGUUCAUGGGCGUCAUACCCUGGUUCAACUUUGUCAACCACAACCAACAUGGCGUUGACACGGCCAAGUACUAUCAGCAGGCUGAGAGGGAGCUUGAAGCUGAGCGUGCACAAAAGUCUAGCUCAUAA